CGUCUGCUGCCCUGGGAAUAAACCGGGGCAGGGCUUUACGGGCAGCUCGGCCCCCGGUCCCAGCCAGAUUUCCGCCCCGCGCGGCGCAGGGAGCGCGGCAGCCCGGGCGAGGAGCAGGGGCAGGGCCAGCGCAGCCCUAGGGCUGAGCCCGCAUUCAUCGCCUGUGCGGGGGGGCAGUUCCUUCUGGCUGGCAUCACGGCCAGCGCCGCGAAUGCCGCAGGCGGGAAAAACCCACCCGGGAGCGAAUAGCACAGCGGACCGGAACACUGGCACAAAUAUUACCCUAUUGCCAGUGGAGACCAUCAAUCACCUAUUGAAAUCAAUUCCAAAGAGGUCCAGCACGACCCCUCUUUGCCCCCUUGGUUUGUUGGGUAUGAUCCCGGUGCAGCGAAGACCAUACUGAACAACGGGCGAACCUGCCGAGUUGUGUUUGAUGACACCUUUGAUAGAUCAGUUCUGCGAGGUGGACCACUCCCAGGACCCUACAGGCUGCGUCAGCUUCACUUUCAUUGGGGUUCUUCUGAUGACCACGGCUCUGAGCAUGUUGUAGAUGGAGUGAAAUAUGCAGCUGAGCUACAUAUGGUACACUGGAAUCCGAAAUAUAGUAAUUUUGCUGGAGCUUUGAAACAACCUGAUGGAGUGGCUGUCGUGGGCAUUUUUCUUCAAGUAGGAAAAACUCCCAAACCAGAGAUGAAGAGAAUUCUUGAAGAAAUAGAUAAUAUUAAGACGAAGGGGAAAGAGGCUCCUUUUCAGAACUUUGAUCCGUCAAUUCUUUUCCCUAAAUCUCGGGACUAUUGGACGUACCAUGGCUCCUUCACUACACCACCGUGUGAAGAGUGCAUUACCUGGAUUCUUCUGAGGGAGCCUAUUAUUGUCAGCUCAGACCAGAUGACAAAGCUCCGAAGCCUCUCCAUCAAUGCUGAUACAGAACCUGUGCGCCCCAUGGUGGAUAACUGGCGCCCUCCUCAGCCUGUGAAAGGAAGGGUGGUGAAAGCCUCAUUCCAAUAAAGUCUAUACUAAAAAUGGGUGUCUUCAAGUGAAGAAAUUCCUACAUCCCGAAGUCUAGUUAGCUUUGUGCCCUCUACUGCUCUUCCUCUAGAGGCAGAUCUCUGUUUCUCAUUUUGAAAUUCUGAGUAAUGAAAUGUCAUGGAUCUAUUAAUUUAGUUUUGAGAAGUAUUUAAAAAUAAUCAAACUUGAGGCAAAUUCUAACCUUAGCAUGAAAAUGUGGAAUCUAACCUUAGCAUGAAAAUGUUUGGAUCUCAAUAGCAACCAUGUUAGUUUUAAUAAUUGUAUUUGUAUGGAUAUUUCUAUGGAAGAAAAAAGGUGUAAUUACUAAUAGCUACAAAAGGCAUUUCCCCAGUAUCCUUAUUUUCUUCAGUGCUCAUGUUUUGAAGACUAUAAAGGUUUCCAACUAAUAGAAACAAUGUCAUCUGAAUUUAAAAUGGGCAAUAUGGGUUAAAUUAUCAAUUGUACUAACGUAAUCCAGUGGGAACUCCUGUCUGUAACUGGGAACAGAUUUUUAAUCAUUGCAUUCAUAUAAAACUCUGGAGGGUAUAGAGACUCAUUAAAUUCCCACUGAUAAUUAAAGCAAGUUAAGAUUUUAAAAACUGAAAUAUUAAUAUUCAAUUUUAUUCUGAAAAUUGAAAUCAAGUUGUUAGAUCAAACUAAGAGCAUAGAAUUGGUAGAAAGCCCUUUAGCAUCCUAAAAGUAAUGUCAUUUCCAUUUUUAAUACUAUACCAUUUUCCUUACGUAUAUCAAGGCCAAAUUUUGCCACAUAUGCAUUUGAUCGUAAUGUCUCUGACAUUUGUGUGUAAAUGUUUGAGACCAGAAUUUAACUUAGUAUCUAAAAGCAAUUGAUUAUGAUGGUCUCUUCCUUUGCUGUCGGAAUUAUGGUAGCGAGAGCAAUGAAAAAGAACUGCAUAACUGCACUUGAAGUAACACCACUUCUGCCUUAGCAGACCCAAUAUUAAUAAAUAUACUUAAAUCAGA